AUGAGUAUUAAAAAUCAUCGACAUGAUACAUCUAUAAUACUUGAUGAUGAUGAACGAAGUGAAGGUGAAUUAGAUUCAUCAUUAAGCAAUAAUGAUGAUGAUGAUGAUGAUGAUGAAAUGCCUUCGAAAACAAUCUCACAACCUAAACAAACUAGUCAAUCAUGGACAAAAAUGUUAACUGAUCAUAAUCUUUCUUCCAUCAUGUCAAAUGCAUUAGCUGAUAAUACAGAAAUAAUUCAUAUUGAUGAUCCAAUAGCACAACAAAGUAAUAAUCCAUUAACAUAUGUAUUUCCACCUGGAACAAAUAUUGAUGAAUAUUUUCAACGAAAAAAAACUCAUGAUUCAAAAUCUAAACGUAAACCAAAUCGACAAGAUUUAAAAAAUCUUUCACGUUUAUUAAAUAAUGAAAAAAAUGAAGAUCUUUUACGUGCUAUACUUAGUAUAAUUGGUUGUCAACGUGCAUUUCAAUAUGCUCAUGAAGCUAUUCGAUUAUAUAAUACAAAUGAUUCAUCAAUAAUUAAAUCUGAUAAUGGACAAAUACGAACAUUAGGUGGAAUUUAUUUUAAAAUGUUUAUUAAAGAUAAUGAUAAUGAUUUAAUAAAUGAAGAUGAACGUAAUCAAAUUCGAAAACAUAAUCAAGAAAUACAAAAAAUUAAAAAGAAGAAAAAAACAAAAAAGAAAACAAUUCAAAAGAAAAAUUCUAUGGAUGAUAAUUGA